UCCGGCACCGGCACCGGCCCCGCGCGGCUCCGCGCCCCGACACCGCGGGCAGCCAGCGGCCCGGGCCGGGCAGCGCCGGGCGCGCCUCCCGCAGCCCGCACAGCCCGCACGGGCCUGCGGAGCCCGGGGAUCAGAACCGGGAGCUGAGAACCGCCAUCCGGGGCCGCCAUGGAUCUGGCGGAGGCGCUGCCCCUCGGGGAGCUGGCGGCCGCCUUCGCCUCGCUGCCCGUGUUCCCGCUGUUCGACACCGCCUAUUUCAUCAUCUCCGUCCUCUACCUCAAGUACGAGCCCGGAGCUGUGGAGAUAUCCAGGAAGAGCCCUUUUGCCUCCUGGCUCUGUGCUAUGCUCCACUGCUUUGGGAGCUACAUCCUGGCUGACCUGCUGCUGGGAGAGGCACCCAUUGGCUACUUCAGCCACAACUCCAGUGUCAUCCUGGCCACAGCAGUGUGGUACCUGAUAUUCUUCUGUCCCAUGAACCUCUUCUACAAGUGUGUCAGCUUCCUGCCCGUGAAGCUGGUCCUGGUGGCCAUGAAGGAGGUGGUCCGGGUGCGCAAGAUCGCGGCCGGCGUGCACCACGCCCACCACCUGUACCACCACGGGUGGUUCGUGAUGCUGGCCACGGGAUGGGUCAAAGGUUCUGGUGUGGCCUUGAUGUCGAACUUUGAGCAGCUGCUGCGUGGGGUCUGGAAGCCUGAUACAAAUGAAAUUCUUCAUAUGUCCUUCCCUACAAAGGCCAGUCUGUAUGGCACAGUCCUCUUCACUCUGCAGCAGACUCACUGGCUCCCCAUCUCUGAAGCCAACCUCAUCUUCUUUUUCACCAUGUUCAUGAUAGUCUGCAAGGUGUUCAUGACAGCCACUCACUCCCAUGCCUCACCUUUUGCUCCUCUGGAAAACCUCGUCUGCCCUGUCCUCUUUGGCUCUGUUUCCAGUGGCCACCCAAGCCACCACCACGACCACCAUGAGGUUUCCCACCCUCCUCCUCCUCCUCCUGCCAAGUCCAAAGAGGAGCUGAACGAAGGCACGAGGAAAAGGAAGGCAAAAAAAGCUGAAUAAAAAAGCGGCGGCGCAGAAAAUAGGCCAAGAAAAUUCUUCCAGAGCUGAGUCUCAAAGCCACCUGUGACCUCCUUCAUGCUCCAGUCCUUCUCUCUCAGACUCCAGAGCAGAGGUGGAAGCCAGGACACUGCCAGCUGGGUCCCUGAAUUUCAUUUUUGCUCUCUGCUGCUUGCUUCUUGGUCUCUGCCUCUCUAUUCUGAUCAGAUUUUCAGGGAUUUGUAGGUUUGUGCCAGUGUGGUAAGUGGGUGCCAGUUCCCAAGCUGUCAGCAAAUCUGAUGCAGCAUUUUUAAUUGAUGUAAAAUCUUUCACCAUGUUUAUUUAUGAAUGGGGGGAAUGGUUUGUGCUCCUGGAACUCUUUAAGUUCCUUUGAGAUUUCACUGACCUUUUCAGUGUCUGCCAAAACAACAAACUGUUAAGACAUAAUGUGAAAAUCAGGUUUCAUACUCGAGGAAAUUAAAUGGCCUGGUAUGAACCUGCUCUGGUUUUUCCCAGCUCCCACACCUGCCAUAUCUCCAAGUAAUGUGACAUUUUAAAUGCAAUAAGGACAUGGCCUUUGGCCCAGCCAAACCCUGUUCCCUCAGUUCCCUCUGAUUCUGAUGGUCAGGACAUUGCAAUUUGCUGAACCAAGUCUGUGUUUGCAAGAGCUCUGAAGCUGUGAAGUGCUCCCAGUGCCAUGUGUUGGCACUGUCACUACCCUAGGCUGUGUGUGGCAUUGCUGCACGUUGUUACUGAGUGUCCCCCACCCCAAACCUGACCCUCUUGAACCAGGGGGGAAGCAUGGCUCUGGUUUGUUUGUAAUCCUGUGGGAUACAAGAAGAGUGUGUGUGAGUGGAAGUAUUUAUUACUAUUUAUUUCUGAUUGCCAGGGCACCUAAGUGGUGGACCUGAAUCUGGCUUUUUUUUCAACAUUGCAAUUGGAACUUCUAAUUGUGGCCCUGAGCCCACAGCCAUGAGCUGGUUUGGGCUUGCAGUGAUGCUGAUGUGCUCCAGGACAGCCUGAACUCUCCCUGGCUGCAGGAGGAAACCUUUCCUAUACUCUUAAAUUCACAUAGAAGGGCUGAAGCAUUUCACACCAGCUGAUGAAAAACUACUUUAAAGCACUGAUAAAAGCACAUCAGCUGAAAAUAUUGAUUACCUUCUGUAGGUCCCCUUGGGCCAAACUGCUGGGCUGUGAAUUGUGCCCAACGAGUGAAGAGUCUGAGCUGCCUUGCAUGGCUCAGGAGGGGUCUGUCAGCUCAUUUUGUGCUGCUUAGUCAACACUGGCUUUUAGAGUAGUUCAAAGCUGUUCCUAUAACUGAUUUUGUUGUUACAAAUGGCAUCUUCCAAGGGCUGGGAUCACCACAGUGAGAGUGGGGAUGGAGCACUGGGUAUUUUCCAUCCCCAGCAGUGAGGUUUGCUGCUGUUUCCAUUCCAGCUGGGAAAGGAAACAGGAUUUUAGAGAAGUGAGGGUUUGUGUGUGUGUGUCCCUGUUCAAACGGUUGAUUAAAGAUAAGAAGCCAUCCUUGUGUGCCAGCAGAGGAAAUCCAGUAGAAAAGGUCAAAUGAUCUGUGGGCUUGGGGUUUGACAGUGCCUUAAUUUUGUGAGUUUCCCUCCCCUUCAGUAGAAAGCAGGAAUUCUGCCUGACAGCUCCACUGUCUGGUCCUGCAGAUGCUGCUCUGCUGGAACCUGGUGUGUCACAAGCAUGCACAAGACUGAAUAAAUGUUCUAUGAGAUGUCUGAUCCAAGGGGAAUUUUGUUUUAUAAAAGCCAUCAACAAAUAAAAAUUGUGAAGUGAC